AUGUCGGAUCUUGGCUCGGAAGAGAUCGAAGAGGAGGCAGAAAAUGAUCUGGGGGAAUAUGAAGGCGAACGCAAUGAAGCUGGUGAACGACAUGGACAUGGGAAGGCCAGAUUGCCCAAUGGUGAUACCUAUGAAGGACAAUAUGGGAAUGGUAAAAGAAAUGGACAGGGGCUAUAUAGAUUUAAAAAUGGUGCACGCUACAUUGGGGAAUACUAUGACAAUAAGAAACAUGGCCAUGGCACCUUUAUUUAUCCUGAUGGAUCCAAAUAUGAAGGAGAAUGGGUAGAGGACCAGAGGCAUGGCAAUGGUGUUUACUAUUAUGUAAAUGGAGAUACAUACACUGGAGAAUGGUUUAAUCAUAGCAGACAUGGACAAGGAACAUAUGUCUAUGCACUAACUAAUUCCAAAUAUGUUGGCACCUGGGUAAAUGGCCAACAGGAGGGAGCUGCUGAACUUAUUCACCUAAAUCAUAGAUACCAGGGGAAGUUUGUGAAUAAAAAUCCAAUGGGUCCUGGAAAAUACGUAUUUGAUAUUGGAUGUGAACAACAUGGUGAAUAUAUUCAUGAUGACAAAGGAGAAGAAGAGGAGGAAGAAGAGGCUUUAACACCAAUUGUUCCAAAGUGGAAAGCAACAAAAAUUACUGCCUUAACACUCUGGGCACCUGAAGAACCACCUCCUGCACAAACAGCCCCUGUAGCUACUGAAGAGGCUCUUAUACCUGAAGAACUAGAGAUUUCAGUUGGUGAGACUCCUUUGGAAACUCCUGCUGAUACUGCUGAUGUACCUCCAGAGGUACCUGAGCCCACUGAAAUUACAUCACCAUCUAAAGAGCCUGAGGAAGAUGAGGAUAAAGAAGACCAAGGAGAUCAGGCUGUUGCUAGUACAGAAGAAAAGGAAGAAGAAGCAAAGGAAGCUGAACCUCCAGAGUAA